AUGAUGUCUAUCAGGAGACCAAAGGGCUGCUGCUGCGUGUCGCAUUUCAAUGAGGACAAUGGAAGGUUCAUCCUCUUAGCAGUGCUCAUUGUGGCAUACUUGACCGCUGGAGCCACGAUUUUCUCAGCCAUUGAGAGCCCAUCUGAAGCAGAAGCUCAGCAUCGUUGGAACUGGACCCUUCAGAACUUCAGCCAGAUCUUCAACAUUAGCCUCCCUGAGCUAAGGGCCUUCUUACGAAAUUAUGAAGCAGCCAUGGCAGCAGGCAUCAGGGCAGAUGCCCUCCGGCCAAGAUGGGACUUCACAGGGGCUUUCUAUUUUGUGGGCACAGUAGUGUCAACAAUAGGUUUUGGGAUGUCCACCCCAGCAACAGUGGCUGGAAAAGCCUUCCUUAUCAUUUAUGGUCUCUUUGGGUGUGCCGGAACGAUUCUCUUCUUCAAUCUCUUCCUGGAACGGAUCAUCUCGCUUCUGGCUUUGGUCAUGAAGGCUUGCCAUGAGAGGCAGCUGCGGAGAAGCGGUCUUCUACCUCCAACCUGCCGAAGGGGCUCGGCCAUCUCUGACGCAGACAGCCUGAUUGGGUGGAAGCCAUCAGUCUAUCAUGUGAUGCUGAUUCUGGGAAUCUUUGCCAUUAUUCUCUCUUGCUGUGCCUCAGCCAUGUACACAGCUGUGGAAGGGUGGAAUUACAUCGACUCCUUGUACUACUGCUUUGUCACCUUCAGCACCAUUGGAUUUGGCGAUCUGGUGAGCAGUCAAAACGCUGUGUACCGAAAUCAGGGAUUGUACAGAUUUGGGAACUUCAUGUUUAUAUUAAUGGGGGUAUGUUGCAUAUACUCUCUUUUUAAUGUCAUAUCGAUUGUAAUCAAGCAGGUUUUAAACUGGAUGCUAAGAAAGUUUCGAUGCAGGUGUUGCCCUGAUUGCCAUAAGCCAACCGCUCGCCUUGGGCGGCGCAAUGCCAUCACGCCGGGAUCCCGUUUCCGCCGGCACAACAUCUCUAUGGAAACCGACGGACAGUAUGACAGUGACACAGAUGGGAGAAGGCUCUCGGGGGAAAUGAUCUCCAUGAGGGAUCUCACCGCCUCCAACAAAGUCUCUCUGGCACUUCUACAAAAGCAAUUGUCUGAGACAGCCAAUGGCUACCCUAGGAAUGUCUGUAUAAACACUAGACAAAAUGGCUUUUCAGGAGGAGUAGGUGCUCUAGCCAUCAUGAAUAACAGACUGGCAGAGACAAGCGAUUCUAGAUAG